AUGAGAACUGAGGUAACCGAGGGACUAGAGGGGGUUGUCUGUCACAUGGACGAUGUACUGGUGUGGGGCCAAACACAGGAGGAGCACGACGCUCGUCUGUAUGCUGUGCUGGAGAAGAUCCAAAAGGCAGGAAUCACCUUGAAUGUGGAAAAGUGUGACAUAUCCAAACAGGAGGUGACAUACCUGGGCCAUGUGAUCACUGCUAGUGGCAUUAGACCAGACCCGAGCAAGACAGAGGCGGUAAGGAAAAUGGAAGAGCCGAAAAAUGUGAGCGAGCUGAGGAGCUUUCUAGGCAUGGUCAACCAGCUGGGGAAGUUCAUACCGCAGCUAGCAGAGCGAGACAAGCCACUUCGAGACCUGCUCUCCAAGAAGAACUGCUGGCUGUGGGGCAUCGAUCAGGCCAGAGCCUUCCAAGAUCUGAAAGACUCUCUGAUAUCUCCACCAGUGCUAGCCAUGUAUGACACAAACAGAGAAACCAAGGUCUCAGCAGAUGCAUCAUCAUACGGCUUGGGGAGUGUGCUUCUGCAUAAAUGGGAAGAGGAUUGGAGGCCGGUAGCCUAUAUGUCACGUUCUCUCACACAGACGGAGCAGAGAUAUGCACAGGUAGAAAAGGAAGCUUUAGGCUUAACCUGGGCUUGUGAAAGGUUUCGCAACUUUCUCAUCGGUAGACACUUUGAGCUGGAAACGGAUCAUAAACCUCUACUGAGUCUCCUGGGGUCUCAGACAUUGGAUGCACUUCCCCCACGGAUUCAACGUUUCCGGAUGCACCUGAUGCGUUAUUCCUACUCAAUCACACAGGUGCCAGGGAAAAGCCUGUGGACGGCUGAUACACUGUCACGUGCACCUGUGAAAAGAGACUCCACACCAGAUGAAAAAGAGUUCCUCGAGAGCACGAAUAUCUAUGUGGACAUGAUUAUCGAUGGUUUGCCAGCAAGCACAGCUUACCUGGAAGAGCUAAAAGAGCAGUUGGCAAAGGACAGUGUGUGUGGAAGAGUGAUGCAGCUGUGUGAAGAGAAAUGGCCAGCACACAGCAACAGCGAACCAGCCAUAAAGUUAUACUGGGCGGAACAAGCGUUCAUAACCGUAAAGGACGGACUACUGUUAAAGGGGGACAGACUCGUCAUCCCCACAACAAUGAGAAAUGAUGUGCUCGCCAGACUACAUGAAGGUCACCAAGGAGUGGUGAAGUGUAGGGAGCGUGCCCGACAGUCUGUAUGGUGGCCAGGGCUAAGUCAGCAGCUGAAUGAGUUGGUUCUCAACUGCCGGACAUGCAGCAAGGAGAGACAGAACCCCAAAGAGCCGCUGAUGCCAACACAAUACCCAGGCCGACCAUGGCAGAAACUGGGUGCCGACUUGUUUAUGCUGGGAAGCAAGUCAUAUCUGCUGGUAGUGGAUUAUGCAUCAAGGUAUGUGGAAAUGGAUUUGCUGACACCCACAAGAUCAACAGAUGUAAUCCACCAUCUCAAAUCCAUCUUUGCACGACAUGGUAUCCCUGAGACGCUGGUCACAGACAAUAGGCCGCAGUUCUCGGGAAGGGCAUUUGAAGAGUUUGCAGAGUCGUAUGGAUUUAAACACGUCACCAGCAGCCCGAAAUAUCCACAGAGCAACGGUGAGGCAGAACGGGCUGUAAAGACUGUGAAGAGUCUCCUUAAGAAAGCAGCAGACCCAUAUCUGGCUCUGCUGGCUUACAGAACCACCCCACUACAAAACGGGUAUAGCCCUGCGCAACUUCUAAUGGGGAGGAGGCUUCGCACGACGGUGCCAACAUUACCAGCGCUGCUGGAUCCUGCUCUUCCCGACAGCGAGGCUGUAGUUCUGCGAGAAAGAGAGAGGAGAAUAAAGGAUGCACAGCGGUACAACCUGCGUCAUCGAGUGAGAAGUCUCGAGAGGCUUGCACCGGGAAAAGAGGUUUGGGUCACGGAUCAGAAGAGCAGAGUGGCAGGGAUGCAGCUGAGCAGCAUUCAGGAGGUGUUCCAGAGCAGCGUAUUGCAGAACCUCCGGAGCCCGGUGCUCAAGAUCUGCCACCUACCCCGAGAACCAGGUCUGGGAGAGCCGUGGUGA